AUGCGCGCGCAAACCGACACCGACAUAAUGAAGGUGGUUGCAAAGCGACCUUCGACCAACUUCGCGGUAUUGCCAUGGCAACCAAUAACAAUUUACAGUGGAAACGGCCGCCAGCUAGCUGAACGUGAACAGGCUCGCUUGAUUUCGAUCUACACACGGGCCCCAUUACACACACCCCGUGUACAGGGCAGAAUCGUGCGUUCUCCAAACCGCAGCCAGUUCAACGGCGUACCGGGUGACUUCAUGCUAAUUAUCCCAAAGGGCCGUUGCGAAGGUCGUUUAUCCGCUCCGACGCGGGAACUUCUCGCGAUAAAAGACAGCCGAGCAGCAAGUGCUGCCCGAUUCGUUUUUCAAGCCGCCGCGUGGGCGGAGGGGCUCGGCCACGCCUUACCCGACGCCACGCCCAGCCGUGCGGUGUUCGCAUCAACGCUCUCUUAUUAUUCUUUCGCCGGAGACUUAGCCGGACCGGGAGCAAUCGCGUUCCGGUGGCACGCCACUGUCCGAACAACACGAUCGGAAAACUUCCCCCGAUAUCGGGUGAGCUACUUCGCUUUUGUGGCGAGCGCGCAUUUACGCCGCGUGGCUACGUCGACGCUUCGG